CAUUCGUGUUUGCUUUGGCCGUUCCAUUUGGUGAAACAUAACUCUCACGCAUCUCCAUACCACCAACCUACGUACCGACACACACCUCCAAAAGGCCGGAUCGCAUCGUCGCCAGUUCCCCAAAAUCGACAUUAUCCAACCGUACCUUUCCCAAAGUAAAACUACGUUGUGGCCCUUGUUCGUUCGUGUCCGUUCGAGAUCCAAAGAGUCUUUUUCCUAUUCGUUCGCACACACGACAUUAAAAAAACCUCCAGUUCUUGGUAUUAGUAGUGACGGAACCAACAACAACAACAACAACAACAACAGCAACAACAACAACAACAACAAUGAAGACGACGGCGUCUUUCGGAAGCCUGACCGACGCGGGUGCUCUACUCGUCACGUCACUCCUUUUGCUGUCACUUUCGUCCACACGAGCCUUGGUUCCUCUACGGAACCCUUCCACGCCCCGUCCGAGUGGUACUCGUCGGUCCGCCACGACCGAGUCUUCCCGUCGCGCCUGGCUCGCUACGUUGACAACGUCGGUCGUGUCCGUCGCCACGAUCGUGGCGGGCUCGCCGGUGGAACCGGCGGCGGCGACCUAUUCCGCCUACGCCAACCGCGAAAAGGACUGGCAGACCCGAUUGGAAAGUGGUGACGUGCAAAUCUCCACACCCAAGGAUCUCCGGGCCCAACUCCGCGAAAUCGCCCCCAUGAACGUCAACGAUAAAAUAUUUUGUCCCAACGGACCGUCCGCUGCCGUCUCGCCGUUGAUGGAGAACAAGUGUGGGGAACGGCAGGCACUGCCGUCCGUGUACGGGCGAUCCCAGGAUGUCGUCGGAAACAGUAUUCCCGGUUUUACGACCAGUGGAGGGGUCUACUUGCGGGGAGAAUCCUCCAGCUCCCUGUCCGCUGAUGUGGGGGGAUUCCCGUCAUACGGGGGGAAGUAAAUACGAAAACGACUACUGUGGGGGAUGGUGGCGACGAGACUAUUGGUUUCUGUUUUUCUAUCAUUAUUAUUAUAGUUCCAUGGUUUUUGGUGUUGUUGAAUUUCCUCUAUCCACAUUCUCUCACUCUGCGGUCGUGGCAAGGCUCUGGGUGGUGCCUGUGUUGGACGUGUGCCGCACCAGGUCCAAGAAUGCGGAAAUUUCGAAUCGGCAUUGCCCGGCAAAAUCGGUACACGAAACGAGAAGCCUUUAUCCAUGCAGCCUAAUACGUGAUAAUCCUCCCGUUUCGGUU